UGGUUUUUGUCUCUAAACUGCGGAAACAGGUUGAAUGAUCCCAAAAAGCAGCAGCAGCAGCAGCAUUGGACCUAGCAGAACCUAGACAAGCACAGACAACAAUACUGUCCACAUCGUCCACAGUCUGAGGAGAUGGGGGACAAAGCGGGGACCAGAGUCUUUAAAAAGUCCAGCCCCAACUGCAAGCUUACAGUUUAUCUCGGGAAGCGAGACUUUGUUGAUCACUUAAACCACGUAGAUCCAGUAGACGGAGUGCUCCUUGUAGACCCAGAGUAUCUGAAAGAUCGAAAAGUGUUUAUAACUCUGGCAUGUGCAUUUCGUUAUGGUCGGGAGGACCUGGAUGUUCUGGGCCUUUCCUUCCGGAAGGAUCUGUAUGUUUGCACCAUCCAGGUCUUCCCUCCUACACAGGAGGAAAAGAGGCCUCUUAGCCACCUGCAAGAGAGGCUGUUAAAGAAGCUGGGUCAGCAUGCCCACCCCUUCACCUUCACUAUCCCCCAGAACCUACCUUGCUCAGUGACCCUCCAGCCAGGCCCAGAAGACACUGGGAAGGCGUGUGGUGUGGACUAUGAACUUCGAGCGUUCUGUGCCAAGACUGCAGAGGAGAAGAUUCACCAAAGCUGCUGUGUCUGUAGGAACUCUGUGCACCUGGUGAUCAGGAAGGUUCAGUAUGCCCCAGAGAAGCCAGGUCCACAGCCAAUGGUGGAGACCAGUCGCAGCUUCCUGAUGUCUGAUAGAGCUCUGCACCUCGAGGUCUCACUGGAUAAGGAGCUGUACUACCAUGGUGAGCCCAUCAGUGUCAAUGUCCAGGUCACCAACAACUCCACCAAGACUGUCAAGAGGGUGAAGAUAUCAGUUCGUCAGUAUGCUGACAUCUGUCUGUUCUCCACGGCUCAGUAUAAGUGUCCGGUUGCCCAGGUUGAAGCAGAUCACCAGGUUUCUUCCAGCUCCACCUCAUGCCAGGUCUACACUCUGACCCCCACUCUGGGUACCAACAGGGAAAAGAGAGGCCUGGCCCUGGAUGGAAAGCUAAAGCAUGAGGACACCAAUCUGGCAUCCAGCACCAUAGUAAAAGAAGGGACCAACAAGGAGAUGAUGGGCAUCCUGGUUUCCUAUAGAGUCAAGGUCAAACUGGUGGUGUCUCUGGGAGGGGAUGUAGCAGUGGAGCUCCCCUUUGUCCUGAUGCACCCCAAACCUGCAGGCCAACCCAGCUCCCAGCCACAGACAACUGCUACACACGCUGAUGCUCCUGUAGAUACAAACCUCAUAGACUUUGAUGUGGGGUCUUCCUCUCAUAUUGAUGACUUUGUGUUUGAAGACUUUGCUCGCUUGCGGUUAACGGGAAUGAAGGAUGAGGACGACCCAGUCUUUUAGCUCAUCUUUCUCCUGCAGGGUUACUUGUCAGAGCAAAAUGUUCCAGGCAACUCAACCCCAUAACCCAAGAAGAAGAAGAAGAUGAUGAAGAUAAGCAGGCAUAACCUCCUGAGUCUUGCCAUAUGCUUUUAACUGUACCAUGUAUUGUGUAAGAUGUAUGUGUAAGAUGUAUCUCUUGUUAGAAUCUUAGUGUAAUGUAAUGGUCAGUGAAUCAGGUAACUACAGUGUACAUUUUUCUGGAGUUCAGCUAACUGAGGUUACAGUAAGAUGUUUUUGGUGGAAGUGUUAAUUGACUUCUGCUGAUAUCAGUAUUCCCCGUAAUCCAGGAUUUAUAUUUUUAUCUAUCAGGAUUGAUUGCUCUUAACGUCUUUCUAAUAAAAUAAAUCAAAGGUAUUUUUAUAUUUAGAACAGUACAAGUUAGACGGCGACAGUAUCUGUUUUUACUUUUUGUUAGUUAUUAUUAGUUCUGUAAUUGUUGUUUCGUUUUGGUUAAUCAAUGUCUGAAAUUGUGUGUGAGGCACAUCAACCAUCCCAUCAGACACACUCAUUUUAAAUGUCUGUUGCACAGCCAACAGUAGUUUGGAUCUAGGUCUAACCUUCUUUAGUGUAUCUAUACAAAAUACACUAUUAUUCAGUGACAGCACUAUAGUCACAGAAAUGAUUCUUCUAUAUUUGAGGGUAAAAAUAGAAAAUCAUAUGUAAAAUGCUAUUACGUUUUAACAACAACAUGUUUCAUUAAAUUUGGUUAAAUUAAGAAUUUCUAACCAAGGUAUACAACUUGUCAGUCCUUUGGUGGACAAAUGAAUGGAAUGGACCUCAAACAUGUUUAUUAUUAUGUUUCUUGGUACUAAUUGACCAGUAAACAAACCCGUAGUGAUCUAUCUGCAAUAAGCUAAUUUAUCAUUUGGGCUCCACUCUGUUUUUCUCUAAUUCGGCUGUACUCUGGAAUUGGGACACUGUGAAGGCCCACAGACAAAAGGUUAGCUGGAGCACCAGAACCGCAUGGGUUAUUCUGUCUAUACUGAAUCAUUAUUUAAUAAUCAUCAUUUAACUAAUCUUAUUUCAGCUGAAGAGAAUACACUCUCAGCUGGGGUGAAGUGUGUCAGUGUUUGGUAGUGUUUCUAAACAGACGUUUGUGCUUUUGUAUCUAAGAUUCAUGAUUUGAGAAUAUGAAAAUGUCAAUGAGAUGUGAACUAUGUAAGAUUAAGCUACUACAGUUUUGUAAGAUUUAAAAUAUACUUAAAAUGCCACAUGGUUUCAUAAAGAUGGCAUAAUACAGUAAGAAAAAAUGAUUACAAGAUACUCAGAUACUAUGAUUUAUGUUGUUUUACUCAAUAAAGUGUACAAUCAACAGUCA